AUGGCCUCUGAUUCCUUUGAGAAACCAACUGACUCCCGGUCAGAAGACCCUGAGGGCAUUCUUGAUCCCAAGGAUCCCCUUGCUGCAGCUGGAUUUGAGGAUCCCGAUGCAGGAAAGAGUGAUGAAGAAAGGGCGGAAAUUGAUCGCAAACUCUUAUGGCAACUUGAUUUGCGCCUCGUGCCAUGGCUGAGUCUACUUUAUCUCGUUUCCUUCCUUGAUCGGACAAAUAUCGGCAACGCGAAACUUGUCGGUCUUCAAACAGACCUGCACAUGACAAAUGCCCAAUAUAAUGCAACACUUACUAUAUUUUUCGUCUCAUAUUCAGUCUUCGAGCCCGCGACUAAUGUCCUGCUCAAGCGGUUGCGGCCGAGUAUCUUUAUCCCACUUAUCAUGAUGGCAUGGGGCCUUUGCAUGACAUUCAUGGGCUUCGUAACAAAUUACCACGGACUAAUGGCCGUCCGUUGGUUUUUGGGGCUAUCCGAAGCCGGUCUAUUCCCCGGAGUAGGCUAUUUCCUCUCAUGCUGGUAUAGACGCUCAGAAUUCGGCGUGCGAAUGGCCAUCUUCUUCUCUGCAGCCGCGCUGGCAGGUUCCUUUGGUGGCCUGCUAGCAGCAGCGAUUGCGAAGAUGGACGGGGUGGCCGGUAAGCCGGGCUGGUCUUGGAUUUUCAUUCUGGAAGGUCUUCUUACGUUCAUGAUUGGUGUUGCCUCGUUUUGGUGUGUCUAUGACUUCCCUGACCAGGCGCGAUUCUUGUCGGAUAUCGAUCGCAAGCGCGUUCUUAGGAGACUCGCUAUGGAUCAACAGUCGAGUGCUGAACAUGAGGAGUUUAAGAUGGAUUACCUUUGGGCCAGUCUGAAGGAUUGGAAGACUUAUACUGGGAUGAUGAUCUAUAUGGGGGCUGAUGGGUCGCUUUAUGCGUUUUCGCUUUUCGUGCCUACUAUCAUCAGUGAACUAGUGAGUUGCUAUAGCUCGAUUCGCGCACAGUUGCUGAGUGUACCGCCAUAUGCCGCCGCCGCCGUUUUGACAGUGACAGUUGGCUUUGUUGCAGACCGUACAAGACAACGUGGUCUCUGCAAUAUGGCUGUCUCGGUCCUUGGUAUGGUAGGUUUCUCUAUGCUACUGGGCUGUCAGUCUGCCGGCGCCCGCUACGCAGGAACCUUCCUCGGGGCCAUGGGCAUCUACCCAGCGAUUGCGAACACGAUUUCGUGGACUAGUAACAACACCGAAGGUGUAUACAAACGAGGUGUCUCCCUUGGAUUUAUCAUCGGCUGGGGAAAUCUCAACGGCAUCGUCUCAUCUAACAUCUACCGCGCGGAGGAUAAGCCAAGAUACUACCCCGGUCACGGAGUAGUACUCGGCUACCUGGUCUUGUUCCAAUUUGGUGGAUCCGUGUUGCAGUACAUUCUGCUGCGUCGUGAGAACGGCAAGCGCAGACGCGGCGAACGCGACCACUGGGUCCAGGGCUUGGACCAGAACCAGAUCGAGUUGUUGGGUGACAAGAGACCGGAUUUCAUUUAUACGCUGUGA